UCUCUCCAUAAUGUCAAGACUCUCUCCAUCCUCUAGUUCACUUUCAACGUUUCAAGCAAGGAAGAAGAAGAGAAGAAGGAGCCGUGAGUAUCAACAUCCACCAUCCACCUUGAAGACUUGCUUUCAAGAUUCAAGAACCCAACGUCAACACCUCCAUCCCCAUCUCCAUCUCACAGUGUGUACCCUCAAUCCCCGGAAUAGAACGAUCCCUAUUUACCAUAUACUAACGAUGACAUUUUCAGGGUUAAAUUAUAUGCUUGCUUUGAGCGUAUCACCCCAGCAGUUUGUCCUUAAAGAAAAACUAAAGGCGAACUGGUACAUACUACAAUCCAUGGAGGGAACCGCCAUGAAGGUAUUUUUCAAGAAAGUCGGCAAGACACUACAUCUGACAACAUGGUACAUGAAGUUCUUGAGGGUAUUUGACAUUGAUCCCGAUCAGAGAAUGUUCAUGUAUCUUGUCGGGCCAGAUCAUUUCAUUUUCCACCCCACUGAUUAACUUAAGUAACGGCUUUUGUGUUAUGUCUAGAUGGGAAUGGUGGGUAGUGAUGAAUAUAUCUCAUGCAUGACAAUUAUCUAUUUAGGCUUUAUUAUUAAAUUACGAAUAUCCCUUCUUUUAAUACAGAUGUAAUAUGUGUUUGUAACAUAUUAGGGAUAUCUUAUGCAG